GGAGAGAGAGAAGGAGGGAGAAGGGACAAGUACUGUAUUUGUACACAGCCCGCAGACAGUAUGCAUACGGACAGUAGAGCAAACAGAGAGGCAGGCAGCAAGAUGUGGUCUUCUGUGAAAAAAAAAAACAUCUUGGACGCUCCUUUCGCUCUUGUCUUUGUGUUAUUCCGAGCGUCAGUACCCGGGCCGUCAGGUGUCACAGCCACCCGCACACCACAGCUCUGUCAUUGUGCCAUCGACUUCUGAGAACCAAUCAUCUUUCGACACCUCAUCUUUUGAAUCCCAGCAUUGCAGGCAGCGGAGGCGCAUCAAAGCUUCAGUUGACAGAACAGGACAAAGCCAUUUAUCUUCUAGAGCUUGCUCUUGCUUAGCAGUCUGGAAAAAAAAUGCAUUUUUCCUUAACUUUUCUUCUCUGCCUUUCGCUUGCUGUUUUGGUGACAGGAAAGAAGAAAAAAGAGGAAAGUCAGGAAGAAGACAGCGAUGAUUUUGUGGAGAUGACACAUAAGGCAAGAUUCUACAUCAAGAUAGGUGACAAGGAGAUGGGGGAUUUCAUUGUGGGCCUUUUUGGCAAGGUUGUGCCGAAGACAGUGAAAAAUUUUAUCAGCCUGGUCGAAGGUUAUGAAACCGAAACCGGAGAAGUGCUGACUUACCAAGGUAGCAAGUUCCACAGAAUUCUGAAAGAAUUCGCUAUUCAAGCAGGAGACUUCGAGUUUGGCAAUGGGACUGGAGGUCGAAGCAUCUACGGAAAGAAGUUUCCAGAUGAGAACUUUAAACUGAAGUUCUAUGGUCCAGGCUGGGUGGCUAUGGCUAAUUCGGGUAGGGACACCAACGGCUCGCAGUUUUUCAUCACACUCCGACACACCAAGUGGCUGGAUGGAAAACAUGUUGUCUUUGGAAAAGUCGUGCACGGAAUGAAUGUCAUCCGCUGGAUAGAAAUGACCAAGACAAAAUCCGUGGAUGGACAGCCAGUGGAGGAUGUAGUCAUUACGAAAUGUGAUAUUCUCGGAGUUCUUGAACAGGACAAGUGGGUCAGAAAAAUUGGAACAAAAGAAACUGAAUAAGAACUUUGUAAAACCUCUGCCUUUUGCCCAAAAUACAUGAUUGCCAUAAA